UCCGGUAGUUUACAAAACAAAUCAAAAAUGGCCCACACGUCAAAAAUUUUCCCUGUUGUUUUUCGUAGAUGCUUUGCCCAGGUUCCACGACAUUUACAGACAUGCACAGCAGUUCGGAAAAUUCAUUUAGACAGGGAAAUGGCUUCUGCAGCGACAGCCGCAGCAGUGAAACCAAGGGUUCCACACUUGGAAGAGGAAAGAAAGGACAUGCCAGAGAGAAAUAUGAAACCCUUAUAUCUUGAUGCCCAGGCAACUACCCCACUGGACCCCAGAGUUCUUGAUGCUAUGCUUCCUUACUUUGUGACUUUAUAUGGAAACCCCCAUUCCCGGACUCAUGCUUAUGGGUGGGAGAGUGAGGCAGCAGUGGAACAUGCCAGGAAGCAAGUAGCCAAGUUAAUUGGUGCAGAUCCAAGGGAGAUAAUCUUUACAAGUGGUGCCACAGAGUCAAACAAUAUAGCUGUGAAAGGCUGUGCUCGGUUUUACAAGGCUAAGAAAAAUCAUGUUAUCACCACACAAACAGAACACAAAUGUGUGCUGGAUUCUUGCAGAGCUUUAGAAGCAGAGGGCUUCAAAGUGACUUACCUACCUGUCCAGAAAAAUGGAUUGAUAGAUCUAAAGGCCUUAGAGAAUUCAAUGAGUGAUGAUACUGUUCUGGUUUCUGUAAUGGCUGUCAACAAUGAAAUUGGUGUAGAACAACCCAUCGCAGAAAUUGGAGAACUGUGCAGAUCCAGAAAGAUCUUUUUUCACACGGAUGCUGCACAAGCAGUGGGAAAAAUACCACUGGAUGUCAACGCCAUGAAGAUCGACAUGAUGUCAAUUAGUGGUCACAAGAUUUAUGGACCAAAAGGUGUUGGAGCUCUGUACGUCAGAAGACGUCCUCGUGUCAGGAUUGAGGCACCCCAGAGUGGUGGGGGCCAGGAAAGAGGGAUGAGAAGUGGCACAGUCCCCACUCCCCUAGUUGUGGGACUAGGGGCAGCCUGUGAGGUAGCAAUCCAAGAGAUGGAGUAUGACCAUGCUCGCAUCAAGUACCUUUCGGAUCGAUUAAUCAGCAAGCUUCAGUCAGCGUUACCAAUGGUGAUAAGAAAUGGAGAUCCUGAAAAAUCCUACCCAGGUUGUAUCAAUCUUUCUUUUGCUUUUGUGGAGGGAGAGAGUUUAUUGAUGGCUCUCAAGGACAUUGCAUUAUCAUCUGGAAGCGCCUGUACCUCUGCCUCUUUAGAACCAUCAUAUGUGCUGAGAGCAGUUGGAGCAGAUGAAGAUUUGGCACAUUCAUCUAUCAGGUUUGGAAUUGGACGAUUCACAACAGAGGCUGAAGUAGACUACACAGCAGAAAAGUGUAUUGAGCAUGUCACAAGGUUACGAGAAAUGAGUCCUCUGUGGGAGAUGGCUCAGGAAGGCAUUGACCUGAAAACGAUCCAGUGGUCUCAACACUGACUGUGAGAUCCAGUGGUUUCGACACUGACCAUGAGAUUCUCCACUCUAGUGUUUACCGUGUCCAAACUCCACCAUAACAUGAUGUUGCAAUCUGUGCUGAUUUUAGAUUGCAAUUUAAAUGUUGCAGAAAUUUAUUUGAACGAGCUUGUAGCUUGCGAUUAUUUUUCAAUGAGCUUGGUGUACUGAUAAUGAGAACCUGAACAUGUUUUUCUGUAGUGUCUGAUUUUGAAAACCAACUCAUUUUCUAAAAGAUUGUUGAUUUUUUUGUGUAAACCUGUUAGAUUGCUUAAAAGUAUUUCAUAAAAUAUAAUGGAAGCAAUCUUUGUUUUCUCAAAACUUGUUAGUAUUCAAGAUAGCAUGUUUAUUUCCCUUAAUACAUUAAUUUAUUACUAGUUUGGAAAUAAUUUGGAACAACUUCUAUCGAAUUAUUGCAAUCAGUGCAUUGCCCCCAGUAAACACAUUUACAUUUGGUAUUCUUAGGUCACCGAUUUACAAAUUCUGUGUUAUGUGAAUGGAGUUGAUGGUGUGUUGUUCCACAUGUAGAUCAGAAUGUGUUGAUUGUAUUGCUUCUUGUGAUAUUUGAAAUUGGUCAACUUUAGGAAGAACGAAGAAAUGUACCUGUAUGAUUCUAAAUUCAGGACCGUGUGUAAUGUUUGGGAAGAAAGAUUUUUUGUCUGUUAAUGCCAUGCUGUUGAUAUUAUUAUUAAAAUAUUAAAAAAAAAUUGUCACGCAUACAUGUACAUGAAUGUAAAGUCAUUAUUUAUUGUGUGCUGUAUACUGUAAAUCUACUACCAAGUAUUAUAUGCAUCAGUUUUUAGCUCACCUGAGUCGAAGGCUCAAGUGAGCUUUUCUGAUCAAAAUUUGUCUGUUGUCUGUCGUCGUCGGCGUUGUCGUUGUUGUCGUCGUAAACUUUUCACAAUUUCAUCAUCUUCUCCAAAACUACUGGGCCAAUUUCAACCAAACUUGGCACAGAGUAUCUGUGGGUGAAGGGGAUUCAAGUUUGUUCAAAUGAAGGGCCAUGCCCUCUUUCAAGGGGAGAUAAUAAAGAAUUGGUGAAAAAUUAAUAGCAUCUUUUAAAAAUCUUCUUCUCAAAAACCACAGGGCUAGGAAAGAUGAAACUCAUGUGAAAGCAUCCUUUGGUAGUGUAGAUUCAAGUUUGUUCAAAUCAUGACCCCCGGGGGUAGGGUGGGGCCACAAUGGAGGAUCAAAGUUUUACAUAGAAAUAUAUAGGAAAAACCUUUAAAAAUCUUCUUCUCAAGAACAGCAAAGCCAUGAUGAGUUAUAUUUAUAUGGAAGCAUCUUCAGGUAGUGUAAAUUCAAGUUUGUUCAAAUCAUGACCCCCGGAGGUAGGGCGGGGCCACAAUGGAGGAUCAAAGUUUUACAUAGAAAUAUAUAGGAAAAACCUUUAAAAAUCUUCUUCUCAAGAAUAGCCAAGCCAUGAUGAGUCAUAUUUAUAUGGAAGCAUCCUCAGGUAGUGCAAAUUCUAGUUUAUUCAAAUCAUGACCCCCGGGGGUAGGGCGGGGCCACAAUGGAGGAUCAAAGUUUUACAUAGAAAUAUAUAGGGAAAACCUUUAGAAAUCUUCUCAAGAACAGCAAAGCCAUGAUGAGUCAUAUUUAUAUGGAAGCAUCCUCAGGUAGUGUCAAUUCUAGUUCGUUAAAAUGAUGACCCCCGGGGGUAGGGCGGGGCCACAAUGGUGGAUCAAAAUUUUACAUAGAAAUAUAUAGGAAAAACCUUUAGAAAUCUUUUCUCAAGAACAGCAAAGCCAUGACGAGUCAUAUUUAUAUAGAAGCAUCCGCAGGUAGUGUCAAUUCUAGUUCGUUAAAAUGAUGACCCCCGGGGGUAGGGCGGGGCAACAAUGGUGGAUCAAAAUUUUACAUAGAAAUAUAUAGGAAAAAUCUUCUUCUCAGGAACAGCAAAGCCAUGAUGAGUCAUAUUUAUAUGGAAGCAUCCGCAUGUUGGGUAGAUUCUGUUUUGCUCAAAUCAUGACACCCGGGGGUAGGGUGCGGCCACAAAUGAGGAUUAAAUAGAAAUAUAUAGGAAAAUAUCUUCUUCUGAAGAACCGCAAUGCCAUGAUUAGUCAUUUUGAUAUGGAAGCAUCCUCAGGUAGUGUAGAUUGAAGUUUGUUAAAAUGGUGACCUCCAGGGAUAGGGUCGGGCCACAAUGCGGGGUCAAAAAUUUUACAUAAGAACAUAUAGAAAAAAUAUUUCUUCUCAAGAACGGAAAAGCUAUGUUUAGUCAUAUUGAUAUGGAAGCAUCCUCAGGUAGUGUAGAUUCAAGUUUGUUCAAAUGAUGACCCCUGGGAUAGGGAGGAGCCACAAUGGGGGAUCAAAUUUUUACAAAGGAAUAUAUGGGAAUUUUUUUUAAAAUCUCAAGUACAACAAAGCCAUUAGUUUUGCCAAGCCAAUGUGCUCAGGUGAGCGAUGUGGCCCAUGUGCCUCUUGUUUAAUUCUUGGAUCACUAAUAAAAAACUGGUAAUACAUGUAUUUAGUUUCAGGUUUCUUGUUUCAUAAACCUUUUAAAGUCCUUGACUGUAUGCAAAUCUCUCAGAUAUUUAUAGCAUGCAUUUAAAAGUUGGUUUACAUUAAGUGUGAAAGUUCUACAAAGAUCAGGGAAGGCUCAUUCUCUCAGUUGGAGAUACAUGUAAAAUUAAGUCCUACUGAUAUUGUAGAGGAAUGAUCCGCUUAGUGGAAAACAAAAUCCAGAUUUGAGUUCGUCAAAAUUGUCUGUUAUUAUUAAACACAUCUUUGAGCUGUAUUGCUGUGAUAUUUAGCUUUGUUUGGUUUUACAUGCAUAUGCACCCCAAAAUAAUAAAUGUGCAAACAGUU